UCACACUUUUUUUAUGGUACGGGGGAUUGUGUUAUUUCAUGAUCUUACCGCCGGUUUAUACUAUUAUUGGAUUUUUGAUAUCGAUAGAAGAUAAAUUUCCCAAGUUAAUAAAUUAUCGAAUAUUGUCAUGUGCUUUUACUUGUGCUGUUGGGCUAAUAUGCACUGUUCCAUUAACAUCGGAAAUAGGAUCAAAUUUAUUGACGGUUUGGAAAUAUUGCGGAUUUACUGUUUUGGUAUCUUCAUUGUUGUUGAUUGUAAAUCUUGCAAUUUUCUUCGUUUACACAACCGAUCAAGUUAUAAACGAUUAUACAUUCACAUACAGCCAUCCACCAGAACGGUAUUGGACUACUUUAUGGAAAUGUUGCCCAUUAUUUUCUUUGUUUGCUUUCUUACUUGCUCUUACAUUCCAAACUGGCACUGAUACGUCAAGUAAUUAUGCCAGUUUCGUUAUGAUGGCAUCUUAUGUCCAUGCUGCAUUAAUGCUAUCCCCAAUUUUAGUGAUGGCUGUAAUUAAAUUUUGCACGCAUGUUCAAAAUAGAAGACUAGGUGACUUAAUUCAACCUUCUCCGGAAUGGGGACCAAGAGAUGAAGCUACAAAUUUAGCAAGGAAAAAUUAUUAUCCUCGAAGAAACGUUCGAUUUCGAGUAAAUAAACUUAUAUGUCAACAUAAAUGUUUGGCAGUUCAUCAAGAAGCAUACCUUAAAGAAAAGGAGAACCAACGAAGAAAACUUGAUAUUUUUUUUAAAUCAUCAUAAAACAUAAAUUUGGUAAUAACUCUGGUAAUGCUAUGUGUCUUAAAUCUUACGUUUUAUGCUUUUUCGGAGUCAAAACUCGUUUUUUGAGCUUCUACUUUCGUUAUUCAUAUAUAACUCUAAGAAGAACUGAUUUCAGUCAACUAAAUUGAAGUAUUGCACACAAAAGACAAGAUUCCUUCGGAUAUCGGCAACUUAACCUAUAAAAUAAAUAAACUUUUGAUAUUCAACUUUGUUUUACUCACACAUUUCUGUAAUUUUUACUACAUUGAAGGUUAACAAAGACCAUAAGUC